UGAGCGGUUUGGGACUCGGUCAGUUCCUCACACACACUGAGGAAACGGAGAUAUAAAAGCUUUACAGCUCCUUAACCAUUUCAGUGCUGUGUGAAAUCAUAUCAGGUUGGAGUGGGCGUGGUUAUGUUGGAGUGGGCGUGGUCAGGAUGGAGUCAGGUGUGUUACCUGACUGGGAGAUGAUCCUGUACUGGUUCCUGUCCUUCACCUCUCAUUUCUACUCCUUCUACCAGCUUCACCUGUUCUCUAAAGAGCAUGAGGAGAGCUUGGACAGAGAGGUGCAGCUGGAGAAGAGCUUCUUGAUCCGGGACCGUAAGAAGGAUGCCGCCGAUUUUGAGUGGAGUUUCUGGAAUGAGUGGGCGUGGCGUUCUCUGCUCUGGUCUCUGAUUGGUCAUGCUAUGGUGUCGAAGCUCUCCAGUGUGUGUAUGCCUCAGUUGAGGAAAGCCGUCCUCACAGUGUACGGUGUUCUCUGUGCCUGGUGGCUCCUUGGCUCGAGGGGCGUGGCCGUUCUCAUGCUUCACCUCACUGUUUCAUUGGCUGUUGCUCAGCUGCGGAACCCCGCCCUUUCCUGGGGCUGUACUCUAUUACUGCUCUCUACACUCCACAUCAGCAGCGUGCAGGACUUACAGCGAGGCUGGUACGACUCGGAUGAGUGUUAUUAUCUCCUGACGUUCAGCAUCGCGAUGUGUGUGUUACGCUGCGUCAGCUUCAGCCUGGAGCUGUGCUGGAGCCCCCUGCAGGGCAGAGGAACAAACCAACGCUUCUCUGUUCUGAACUUCACAACAUUUCUCACACAAUUCUACGACCUCGUCUCGUACUGUUUCUACCAUCCGCUGUUCUACAACGGCCCCGUCAUUAACUACAACCACUUCAGCCAACAGAUGGACAGUGCGGUGUGUAAGGCGUCACCAACAUUGUUGUUGAGCCAAACUUUGCGUGUUUGUGUGUGGUGGUGUUUAGCUGAACUUAUGAUCCACUUCAUGUACAUGCACACCAUCCAGAACAACGAGACCUACCUCACCAUGCUCCCACCCUGGGCUCUAGGAGGCCUGGCUCUGGCUCUCGUGCAGUUUUUCUAUGUGAAGUAUUUGGUGUUAUUUGGUGUUGCGUCUCUGCUGAUGAAGCUGGAUGGUAUUGAACCUCCUCCCCUGCCCCGCUGUGUGAGCACCAUGUACAGCUUCCGAGGGAUGUGGAGGUACUUUGAUGUGGGACUUUACAGAUGGCUCAUCAGGUAUGUGUAUGUUCCGUUGGGUGGGUCUCAGCAUGGGCUUUUCCAGAAGCUUAUCUCCAUGGCGAUGACGUUCAGCUUUGUGUGUUUGUGGCACGGUUGCCAUGACUACCUGCAGUGCUGGGCCCUGCUCAACUGGGUGUGUGUGCUCAUAGAGAACAGCAUCACACUCUUCCUCUGCUGGCCUCCUCUUCAUCAUGCCACUGUAUGUUAUCUGUCUCCGCCAAUGAGGAGGCGUGGCCUUGCGCUUAUCUCUGCCUUUUCCACAGCGAUGCUAAUUCUGUCCAAUCUGGUGUUUCUGGGCGGAAUUCAUGUUGGCUGUGUGUAUUGGGAAAGGGUCUUCAUGCAAGGCUGGUCCUCCAUGGCGGUUCCUGUGCUUGCAUGUCUGUACUGUUUUGCGCAGGUUGGACUAGAGAUGGACAGUAAGAAGACGUGAAGACUGUGUGAUUUUUAUCUCGUUAUGAGUACACAGUGGUGCAGUGAGACACGUUUUCUUCUCGUUGGUCUGGAGUUCUGAUGUCUCGGACGACACCCUCCAGACGUGUUGCUGUCAACUGCAGUGUGUUCCGAGUGAGCGCUGCAGUUUCCCAGAGCACGCCGAUCCAGAGCCAGUGUCUCACUCCCACCUGUCUCCAGUCCAGCAGAGGAUCAGUAGCACAUCAUUUUCCACAAAAUUCCCUGACUUUAUUCCCAAAUCUGCUUUAUAUUUCAUAUUUCCUGCAUUAAUAAUUCCAUCAUACUGCACUGAGGUUUAUAAGUGAACUACUGAGGACUCAUUGAUGUGUUUUCUGACUCUGCAUGACCCCCUGAUAUCUCAAAAGAUGGACAAAUCACAGAGAAAAAGACUCAUACUGAAAAUCAUUCACUUCCCCAGAACACGGUUAAGCGUCAGACUCCGGCAGGGGGCGUGGUCUGAUGUCUUACGCAGAGAUUGUUCACUAGAAGUGAUCUGGAUGAUAAUAAAGUUUGCAUGUGAUUUGCAUAUUUAAUUUUUUAAUAAUGCCUUAUUAUGCUGUUUAUUUACUAAGAGAAACAAUCAGCGCUCCAUCGUUGUCACUCAGCAGAAUGAGGAGGUGCUUCAUGCUGCAUAAAUCAUCUUAUAGCUGUGUGUGUGUGUGUGUGUGUUGUUCCUGAUCUCACACACACUCUCUCAGAUCUGCUGCCAGGUUUUUUCCAACUCUUCCUGUCCAGGUCCUAACCCUCUCUCUCUCUCUCUCUCUCUCUCUCUCUCUCUCUCUCUCUCUCUGUCCUGCUGCCUUCUUCUCUGUCAGUUUAAUUCAACAGUGCUUUACUGAAUGUUAUGUGUCACAUUAUUUCCAAAGUAUGUACAGUUGUGUUC